AUGAGUAGAGUACUCAGACGAACGCCAAGUUCAGGAACAAUGCAAAGUAACAUUUCAUCAAUCGAAGCUCCAAGUACAAUGAGCGGAAAUACACUAAAUCGACCAGCUCAAGCUUCACAAUCAUUAUAUCCAUUAUGUCGAGAUCUUUUAGGAAGACUUUAUUGUGUGGAAGAAUUUGAACAAUAUUUAAUACAAGGACAAAAUAGUAUGCAAAGCAACGGCUCGAUAGUUGGAACCCCGACAUCAGAAAAUGGCCCUAGUAGUUUAGUUCUUAAAGACGAUCCUGUAACACUUUUAUGGCAGACUUUUCGGUUAGGUUAUCCUCUUUGUGCGCUCUUUAAUGCUUUGAAACCUCAAAAAUUAUUAAAGAUUGAUGAUUCAAAACCAGGAAACGUCAAUAAAUCUAAAGCUAGUGUAUAUAACUUUUUGGUUGCUUGUCGGGAAGAAUUUCAAUUAAAACCAGAACAAAUGUUUACAAUUACACAGUUGUAUCAAGAUGAUACGAAUGGUUUCGUUAUGGUCAUUAAUACAGUAAAAAUUGUAACUGAUAAAAUUGAAGAGAAAGGUCUUCUUAAUUUAUCUCGAAAGAAAGAUUUGGGAAGAUCAGAUCCCAUGAAACCCACUGAUAAUCGAGCUAGGGUUGUGCAUGAAUUGCUAGAAACUGAAAGAAAAUAUGUUCAGGAUAUGGAAGUUUUACAGAACUACGCUAGAGAGCUUCAUAAUCAAUACAUUGUUAGCGCAGAUACCAUUCAUUUACUCUUCGCCAACCUCAAUCAAUUAGUCGAUUUUCAACGCCGUUUCCUUAUAGGUGUGGAAGCUACGUCUAGUGCAAGUCAAGAAGAGCAGAGUUUUGGUAGUCUGUUUAUACAAAUGGAAGACAAUUUUGCGGUUUAUGAGCCAUUCUGCGCAAAUUAUCAAUCUGCUUCAGACCUGGUUAUUCAAGAAUUACCAAACCUCCAAAAAUUAGCUCAUAUUGUUGAACCAACAUAUGAGCUACCAUCAUUAUUAAUUAAGCCUAUUCAACGUAUUUGUAAAUACCCAUUAUUAUUACAGGAAUUAUUAAAAUUUACUGAUAAAGAUGAUAUACAUUAUGAGGAAAUUAGAUGCGGCCUCAACGCAAUCAAACGUGUUGCGGAUCGUGUAAAUGAAACUCGGCGUCAACAAGAAAAUGCUGCCGUUGUUAAAGAUUUGGAACGCCGUGUAGAAGAUUGGAAAGGUCAUCGAAUUGAGCAAUUUGGUGAACUUUUACUUGAAGAUGUAUUUACUAUGUCUAAGGAUGAUUCUGAGCGCGAAUAUCACGUAUAUUUAUUUGAGAAGAUUCUACUUUGUUGCAAAGAAACAAAUUCAAAAAAACAACAAAGUAAAUCACAACUUCUUAAAAAUAAUAAUCGAAAAUCUAAAAGAGCUAGCUUACAAUUAAAAGGAAGAAUAUUUAUACACAAUAUUACCGCUGCAGUAGACAACAGUCGGUCUGGAUUGUGGUCUUUAAAAGUAUACUGGCGAGGUGAUAGUGAGAUGGAAUCUUUUUCUCUCAAAUGUAGAAAUGAAGAACAACUUAAACAAUGGAAAUCCACAUUAGAAAAAUUGUUAACAGAUUCAGGAAAUAAUAGCAAUCGAAAUACCUUGACGAAAGGACCAUUAGAUAAUAAUGCAACUCCACCGAAACGUACCGGAGUAUCUAACACACAAUUGGCAUCCUUACAGAACCUUGAUCUUCCUUACUUUCGUCGAGAUGCACCACCACCUUAUGCUUGGGAUGCAAAUUCACCACCAAUACCACCUGUUAUGCCAAAUUCACAUCUGCAACAUCGAUCACAAUCAAGUUCAUCACUUCAAACAUUGGCACGUAAUGGACAUUCAACUGCACCCCCAACCAUGGCUACAUUCCCUUCAAACGCGAUUAUGCAGAUGGAAAAUGCGGGUUACUACCCGAAUUCUCCACCACCAUCAUAUCCUGGUUCUCCAGCUCCAUCUACUCGUAGCAGUGCAACAUCACAUUCUAGUUCUAAUCAUACGAGUAUAUGGCAACGUAGAAGUGUUGAACAUCCAUCACCCCUUGCAGGUACUAUUGCCAAAUUUAUGAUGAAUGAGGACGAAGAACAGAAUAAUAAUCCUCCUCCACCAAUCCAACGUUCUCAUUCUCAUAGUGCAGCUGCAGGUCAAACAUUCCAGCAAACUAAUGGGCCUGUACCGAAUUUGCCAACUCAUAAUGUCGUAAAUCGCCUAAGAUCACAAAGUAGUCCAAAUAUCCAAGUAAUCCAGGAAUUACAACUUGAAAAUAUGGAACCUGUACCUAGUAUUCCAAAUUCUAGCAAUCCGGCACGUCAAACUGUUAAUAAUGGGCUUCAAUCAAUAGAAAUAGAACAACGAAAUAGUGGAUCAAGCAAUUCUUCACAAACUUCUGGACAAUCUAUACAUACUACUAAUACAACUAAUUCAUCUAUAAAUAAUACAUUGAUGUCACCACCAAAUGAUCAAAAGAAGGGUCAUCAACAUUCUUUGUCUAAUUAUGCUACUACAAUGAAAAUUAAAGUGAACUUUGCUGAAGAUGUCUUUGUGAUAGUUGUCCCUCAAGACAUUGAAUACAGAGAGCUAUGUGAUCGUGUGGAACGUAAAAUACGUUUAUGUUCUACACGACGAGAUGAGAGUGUUCCCAUUCGAAUCAGAUACCAAGAUGAGGAUGGUGAUCAUAUAACAAUUAAUUCUGAUGAAGAUGUUUCAAUGGCAUUUGAAGGUAGACUAGCUGCGGGAGGAAAUUUUGUUAAUUUAUAUGUAAGCUGA